AUGGCGACGAAUCCUCCUCCAUUUGCGGUGGAGGAUGGCUCGGACGAGGAUUUUUUUGAUAAGUUGGUCAAUGAUGAUGAUGAAGAUGUGGGAUUCAAUGUCGCCACCACGUCUGUUGCAUCCGGAGGCCCUGUCGUGAUGGAUGGGAAUGAAUCCGAUGAGGCGAAGGCCUUUGCAAAUUUGAGUAUCAACGAGCUUGAUGAUAAUGGUGAGGUAAAUUUUGACAAUGAUAGUGACCAUAUUAUUGGUGAAGAGGAUAUAGGUGCGAAAACUGAAACUGUUAUCGAACAUAUCAAUGAAGUUGGAGACGUGGAGGAGAAAGGAAAUCCACUGGCCUCAUCCAGUUCUUUCGAGUUUGAUAAUCUGGUACAGAAUCUGGGUAAUGCAAAUGAUGGCACUGAAGUUUUGCCAGAUUCGGCAUUGGCAAGUAAUAAUAAGACAACUGCAGAUAAGGGUUCAUCUGAUGUGGUGAUAAUGAGCAAGAGUAGUGACGAAUCAGGAGCUCCUGGAGUUAAGCAGGUGGACUGGAGCUCGUUUGCUGAUUCCGCUAAGAAUGACGAUGGGAAAGGCUUCGGAUCAUACUCAGAUUUUUUCAGUGAAUUUGAAGGGGAUAAUACUGGUGAUGCAUUUGGUAAAUUGGUGGAGGAUACUUCCAAGAGUGGGUCACAGAAUUCUAUACAUGGGUCCUCGUUUGCUGGAAAUUCAAACAGCUGUGGACAGUACAAUGAAGGAUAUUACAACGAUGGUAUAGCGGCAGAUCAGGGUUCAUAUACGCAGGAUAUGAACAGCAGUCAGUAUUGGGAGAGCCAAUAUCCUGGUUGGAAGUACGAUCCAAGCACGGGCCAGUGGCAACAGGUUGAUGGUUUUGAUGCAGGUGAAAGCAUGCAAUCGCAAGUCGACUCGUCUAAUAUUUCUUCUUCUUGGGGAGUAGCUGAUGGGAAAACUGAACUUUCUUAUAUGCAGCAAAAUGCUCAAUCUGUUGCUGGUGCUGUUGCUGAGGCAAGUACGACAGAGAAUGUUACAAAUUGGAGUCAGGUUGAGCAAGUGAGUGGUGCCGUAAAUGUGGUUCCACCAUCCUCGCAUGAGAAUAAUGGUUACCCACCUCAUAUGGUGUUUGACCCUCAGUACCCUGACUGGUAUUAUGAUACUAUUGCCCAGAGCUGGUUCACUUUGGAAUCAUACACUGCAUCAGCUCAGUCAACUGCUCAAAGUGAGGUGCAGAUGAAUAAUCAGAUUGACUAUGCAUCAACCGAGGCAUUGGCUCGGAACAGCUCUAUUGAAGAAUUCAAUGUUAAUGGUCAAGCAAAUAAUUUUGUAUCUCAAGGUUUCACAUCUCAGGGCUUAGAUAAAAGCUGGGUGGGUUCAGUCGGGAACUAUAACCAACAAGGCUCAACAAUGUGGACACCUGAAGCUGUUGACUACACUGAACCUACUUCAGUUUACAAUGGCAACCAAGCAAUAGGGAAUCAGUACGGGCAGAAUCUGUCUCUGAGUAAUCAUGGGAGUCAACAAAAUUCUGUUCAGUAUGGAGCGAAAAAUUCGUAUCUCGAUAAUCUAAAUCAGAAUCAACAAAGUUCUGUUCAGGCUGGGGUGAACAAUUCGUAUUACAAUAAUCUAAGUCAAAAGCGCACCGACUUUCAUGUGCCUUCUCAGUUUGUUGGUGGCCGGGACGUAAGUCAACCUUUCAGUGAUGCCUCAACCCAUCGGAGGGACCUACAUGUCUCAAAUGACCUUUACAGCAACCAAAACACAGUCAACUUUCUGCAGCAACAAAGCCUGAAUGCUCAAAUCUCAUAUACUCCCGCUUCUGGAAGAUCUUCUGCUGGUCGUCCUCCCCAUGCUUUGGUUAGCUUUGGUUUUGGAGGAAAGCUUAUUGUGAUGAGGCAGACCUCUACUGACAACUUGAACUUUGGUAGUCAGAAUCCUGUGGGUGGCCCCAUAUCUAUUCUGAACUUAGCAGAGGUUGUGAGUAGCAGCAUCGACACUCCAAGCUACGAAACAAGUGCUAGCAGUUAUUUCCAGACGCUUUGUCGGCAACCUUUACCAGGCCCACUUGUUGGUGGAAGUGUUGGCACUAAGGAGUUGAACAAAUGGAUUGACGAGAGAAUAACAAAUCUCAAGUCUGCCAACAUUGAUCCCCAAAGAUCUGAGGUUUUGAUUUUGCUCCUAUCACUACUGAAAAUAGCUUGUCAGUAUUAUGGCAAACUUCGAUCUCCUUAUGGCACAGAUGCUGCAUCAAAGGAAAGUGAUUCUCCAGAAUCAGCAGUUGCCAGACUGUUUGCUUCUGCUAGAAGUGAUUCACAGUUUAGUCAAUAUGGUUCUGUUGCUCAAUGCUUACAGCAACUGCCAUCUGAAGCACAAAUGCGGGCCACAGCGGCCGAGGUUCAAAAACUUCUGGUUUCUGGAAGAAAGCAAGAGGCUUUACAAUUUGCGCAGGAGGGUCAGUUGUGGGGUCCUGCCCUUGUUCUUGCUGCACAACUUGGGGAUCAAUUCUAUGCUGAGACUGUCAAACAUAUGGCACUUAAACACUUGGUAGCAGGAUCACCUUUGCGAACCUUAUGCCUGCUAAUUGCUGGUCAACCUGCUGAUGUAUUUUCAACGGAUAGCACAGCUGUUAGUGGCAUGACUGGUCCAGUAGCUAUGUCUCAGCAACCAGCGCAGUUUGGAGCUAAAGGCAUGCUCGAUGACUGGGAAGAAAAUUUGGCCGUGAUAACUGCAAAUAGGACUAAGGAUGAUGAGCUAGUGCUUCUUUAUCUUGGAGAUUGUUUGUAUAAGGAGAGAAGCAAUAUGAUUGCUGCUCACAUAUGCUAUUUGGUUGCUGAAGCCAAUUUUGAGCCAUACUCGGACAGUGCAAGACUGUGCCUUAUCGGUGCAGAUCACUGGAAAUUCCCACGGUCAUAUGCAAGUCCAGAAGCCAUUCAGAGGACGGAGAUAUAUGAGUACUCAAAGACGCUUGGAAACUCGCAGUUUGUCCUACUCCCAUUCCAACCAUAUAAAUUUGUAUACGCGCACAUGUUGGCAGAAGUUGGGAAACUAUCAGAAGCAUCGAAGUACUGUCAAGCAGUAUUAAAAUCACUUAAAACUGGUCGAUCUCAGGAAGUGGAGACACUGAGACAAUUAGUCUCAUCUCUUGAGGAAAGGAUCAAAGCUCAUCAGCAGGGUGGGUUCUCGGCUAAUUUAGCCUCGAAGGAAUUUAUUGGUAAACUGCUUAACCUCUUUGAUAGUACUGCACAUCGUGUUGUUGGGGGUCUGCCACCACCUGUACCAACCGCAAGUACUACUGCACAUGGUAAAGAAAAUAAUUACCAAUCGAUUGGAUCUAGAGUAUCAUCUAGUCAGUCAACAAUGGCUAUGUCAUCGUUAGUACCUUCUCAAUCUAUGGAGCCUAUAAAUGAGUGGGCAGCGUCUAGCAACAAAAUGGUUAUGCAUACCAGAAGUGUUUCCGAACCGGACUUUGGAAGAAGUCCAAAGGAUGAUACAUUGAAGGAAGCAAGUUCCAGUGGUGUGAAAGACAAAGCUUCAGCAGCUGGAAGUACAUCUCGCUUUGGUCGUUUUGGUUUUGGAUCUCAGCUGUUGCAGAAGACUGUUGGUUUGGUGCUUAAACCUCGCCAAGGCCGCCAGGCAAAACUGGGUGAAACAAAUAAGUUUUAUUAUGAUGAGAAGCUCAAGAGAUGGGUUGAGGAGGGUGCCGAACCUCCAGCACAAGAAGCAGUCCUUGCUCCACCACCUACAGCUUCAGUUCUUCAGAAUGGAACAUCAGAAUACAACUUGAAUAAUGCUAUGCAUAGUGAAGCUUCUCAUAGCAAUGGAAGCCCAGAAUUCAAAACCCCAAGUGCUGUGGACAACAGUCCUGGAAUGCCACCACUUCCCCCCACGACCAAUCAGUACUCGGCACGUGGAAGGAUGGGUGUUCGAUCUAGGUACGUUGAUACCUUCAACAAGGGCGGUGGUGGAAAUGCAGAUCGUUCAUUCCAGUCACCACCAAUUUCAUCCGUUAAACCCACAAAUGUACCGAACCCAAGAUUCUUUGUGCCCACACCAGUAUCGAAUAAUGAACAACCAGUCGAUACUCCUGUAACAAACGAGCAGAAUAUUUUAUCCACUACUUACGAAGAUCCUUCUACUGCUCCUCCUUCUAAUGACCCGUCCUCAUUUCAGUCCCCAGCUCCUCAAUCUGCCGUGAACAUGCAAAGAUAUGCCAGCAUGAAUAGCAUCUCGAACAAAGGGGCAGGUGACAAUGGCUCGUUUGGUUUACAUUCGCGGCGCACUCUUUCUUGGAGUGGAAAUUUCAAUCAUUCUUUCAGCUCGCCACAGAGCUCUGAAGGAAAACCUCUUGGGGAAGUAUUGGGCAUGCAACCCUCGACUUUCAUGCGGAGCGAAACUUCUCUAGGGCAUUCGUCAACGAGUGGCGGCAGUUUUGGAGACGAACUACAUGAGGUGGAACUUUGA